UGGUCCUGAUCGAUUUCACAUCAGCUACGUGCCCCGUGAGAGACAGAGAGAAUAGAGCUAUAAAAGAUGAAGCAACAAGCUCAAGGCCUUGGUAUCCAGAAGAAUAAGCUUUGGUAUCCUUGUUGAAGGGCUCCUUGAUUGAUCCAGGUUUAGAUCAGCAACAAAAGAAGCUAAUUAAGCUGAUGGAGAUUUCGUCGAUAAGAGGACUAACUGAACUGGGAAUGGAGGAUCCCUUCUUCGUCAACCAGUGGCACAUGAACUCUCUCGAUGAGCUCAGCAUGCUACCAUUAUCAGCUGCCUUUGGAGAGAAUUUGCAACAGUCUCACUGCCACCCGAUUUUAAACCAUAAAUCUUCUACCAAUACUUCUCUGAGUUCCAUUGAUAGACCCAUGAAACAGUUCAAACCCAACAACUGGAGUCCAUCGAACCACCAGUUUGCUUCCCUGCCAAACCUUCUCUCCUUUGUCAAUUCAUACAACACAAACCAAGUGGGGGUUGUUAAGCCUAAGGAGGAGACGGCAGUAUGUUCAAAGAACAUCAACCAUUUCCCUUCUGAUAUAUUGGUUUCUCAAGGUUCAUUUGGCAACCAAAACUCUUCAUUGAAGGCCAGUCAGGGAACAAACAGGAUCAGCACAAACACUAGGCUUUCGCAAACUCAAGAUCACAUAAUUGCAGAAAGGAAGCGGCGAGAGAAGCUUAGUCAACGGUUCAUUGCUUUAUCUGCAAUGGUUCCUGGCCUAAAAAAGACGGACAAGGCUUCUGUUCUAGGAGAUUCUAUCAAAUACAUCAAGCAACUACAGGAGAAGGUAAAGACACUUGAGGAGCAGACGAGAGUGAAAAAGAUGGAAUCAGUCGUCUCUGUGAAAAGAUCACAGCUCAUUGCAAAUGAUGAUAACUCUUCUUCGGAUGAUAACAACUCCAGUGUUUCAUUUGAGGAGACACUGCCAGAAAUUGAAGCAAGAUUCUGUGACAACAAUGUCAUGAUAAGAGUUCACUGUGAGAAAAGAAAAGGAGUUGUUGAAAAAACAAUUGCUGAGGUUGAGAAGCUGCAACUAAAAUUGAUCAAUAGCAGUGUCAUGACAUUUGGUAGUUCUGUUCUUGAUGUAACCAUUGUUGCUCAGAUGGAAGUGGAAUUCUGUCUCUCAGUGAAGGAUGUCGUCAAGAAUCUACGCUCCGCUUUCGACUUGUUCAUGUGAAAUGAAGCCUCAACUUCACACAUAGAAAUCUCUUUCUAAGUUUCUAUGCUCCUGCCAGAAGCUUCACAAUAAUAAGGAUGAGUAGUCCUCAACUAUCCAACCGGUCCAAGUUUACGCUUUUUUAGAAUUUCUGUUUCCGAGAUCAGCAAUUAUAUCACCAAGUUAGACAUAGUACCUUCAAGCUUUUUUGCUGUCAGAUUAGUAUUGCAGGAGGGUUCUUUUCCUUCAAUUUUUUUUGCAUGGUUAACUUGUUUACCAUGUUAUGCUACCCACCUGUUUAAGGAAGUGAUCUCACAGCUUCUUAUAAGAUGUUUUUCUACCCACCCCUGUAUUUUGUCCUUUGCUUAUGCAUAAGCUAUAUGCAAGGGAAAAGGGUUUUUAGGUGAAAUUAAGCAGCCUUUGUAAUUUAUCAGUUUGUACGGUUAAUGUUUCAGAGGCAUCUUGAACUUGUUUCUUGAGCUUCUCUGCCUUAUAUGUACCACUUUGGUUUACAGUAAUG